CAACGAAUCCUUUCGUGGCGGCUCUGAAUUCACUUGGUAAAUCGUUGAGCUCACGCCAGGAUGCCACCUACACAGGAUGCCACAUCGGCGUCAGCGAAUGCGAACCGCGGGUUCAUUGGCACUAUCAAGCCUUGUGUUGUGACCGGACAAGGAGGCAAGGACGUGUGGGAUGGUGACGCCUACACCUUCUUCGACAGUGUCCGACCGCCGACCGUCAACGAAAAGCUAUGGAACCACAGCAAACUCACUGCGCUUCAUGGGCUUUUUGAAGUCCUUCCGGGCAUCUACCAGGUCCGGGGGCUUGAUAUCUCGAACAUGACGCUUUUGGAAGGCCAAUCCGGGGUGGUUAUCGUGGAUCCCUUGACUUCCAACGAGUGUGCAGCCGCGGCACUGUCGCUGUAUGAGAGCCACCGCGGAAAGCGUCCAGUCGUCGGCAUAAUCUACUCACAUUCGCAUAUUGACCACUUUGGAGGCGCCAUGGGCAUUUUGCCCAAAGACCGCGAAAUACCCAUCAUUGCCCCACGCGGGUUCGUGGAGGAGUCUAUGAGCGAGAACGUGCUGGCUGGCCCAGCGAUGAUGCGGCGCGCGGCCUUCAUGUACGGCACGCCUCUCCCCCCCGGACAGGCCGGUCGCGUCGGCGUCGGAAUCGGCGUGGGCGUCUCGACUGGCACCAGUUCACUUGUUCCGCCCAACAAGCUGAUCGAGGAGACCGGACAAGUUGUGGACGUCGACGGUCUGAAGCUGGUUUUCCAGAUGGUACCGGGGACCGAGGCGCCGGCCGAGAUCAAUUUCUACAUGCCCGAGCAAAAGGCCCUCUACAUCUCAGAAUGUGCGACGCAGAGCCUGCACAACAUCAUCACUCUUCGCGGUGCCGUUGUUCGCGACGCCAAGGCAUGGUCGGGCUACCUUGACGAGACUAUCGACCUCUAUGGCCGGCAAGCUGAGGUUCUGUUCGCGGGGCACACGUGGCCGACUUGGGGCAACGAAAACCUCAUGCAGCACAUCUCAGAGCAACGGGAUCUCUACGCCUACUUACACGACCAGACCUUGCGGCUCAUGAACCUGGGCCUCAAUGGCACGGAGAUUGCCGAGCGACUCACGCUGCCACCCCAGCUCCGAGACGCGCCGCACGCACAGGGUUUCUACGGCUCGGUGAGUCACAACAUUAAAGGCAUAUACCAGCGGUAUAUGACGUGGUUCGACGGCAAUCCGGCCCAUCUGUGGGCACAUCCACCGGCCGAGGAGGGGCGACGCUACCUCGACUGCUUCGGCGGCGCCCAAGAGAUCAUCAAGAAAGCGCAGAGCUACGUUGACGCCGGCGACCUUCGCUUCGCAGCCACGCUGCUCGAUCAUGUCGUCAAAGCUGAGCCCGAUAACAAGGCGGCGAAGCUGGCGCUCGCGUCCGUGUACGGCCAGCUGGGCUUCGGCGCCGAGAACGCGACGUGGCGCAACUUCUACCUCACCGGCGCAGCGCUCCUCCGGUCUACCAGCGUCGAUAAAACGUCCAUCGUCCCGGAGUUUCCAGCAUUCAAUCCACUGGGAACCGUCGACCAAUGGCUUGACUGCCUUUCCAUCCGGCUCGACGGCUUCAAGGCUGCCGCGGAGGCGUCGGUCAUCGACAUCAAGGACCCGGCACAGGAGAUGGGAUGGCGAGCUCGGCUCAGCAAUGGCGCUCUCACUCAUCGUCACAUCGAUCAGUCCACCGAUCCGAAGGCCGCGGACCUGGUUCUGACAUUGGAAAAGGAUGAGCUUCUGGCCGUGCUUAAUGGAGACGUCGCCUUGGCUCAAGCCAAGGCUGCCGGAGAUUGUGAACCCCUGAGGAGACUGAUGACGCUUUGUGGUAUGUAAGUUGAUUCGGCGUUGGAACUGGUCCCUGGCUUGUGUGCAUGGUACGAACUUCUUCACCUGGCUGUGAGUUAAUGUAUUGUAAUACUGUGCCGCAUCAACGCGCGUUAGAUAAACCAAUGUCGAUUUGAUCACAUCGAGAAGAACGCGCGUACUUGAUAGCACCCGA